CAGCCGAGCCCCGCAGCCGCGGCCCGUUUCCCCCGGUGGCGGCGAGGCGUGGGACCAGGAAGAUGUUCUCCGCCCUGAAGAAGCUGGUGGGCUCGGACCAGACCCCGGUCCGGGACAAGAACAUCCCCGCGGGGCUGCAGUCCAUGAACCAGGCUCUGCAGCGGAGGUUUGCCAAGGGAGUGCAGUACAACAUGAAAAUCGUCAUCAGAGGGGACAGGAACACUGGGAAGACCACCCUGUGGCACCGGCUGCAGGGCAAGAAGUUCCUGGAAGAGUACAUCCCCACCCAGGAGAUCCAGGUCACCAGCAUCCACUGGAACUACAAAACCACUGAUGACAUCGUCAAGGUUGAGGUCUGGGAUGUUGUUGACAAAGGGAAGUGCAAGAAGCGAGGGGAUGGCCUGAAGCUGGAGAACGACCCUCAGGAGGCAGAGUCCGAGCUGGCUCUGGAUGCAGAGUUCCUGGAUGUCUACAAGAACUGCAACGGCGUAGUGAUGAUGUUUGACAUCACCAAGCAGUGGACAUUCAACUACAUCCUGAGGGAGCUGCCCAAGGUGCCAACCCACGUGCCAGUGUGCGUGCUGGGCAACUACCGGGACAUGGGGGAGCACCGGGUGAUCCUGCCCGGCGACGUGCGCGACCUCAUCGACGGCCUGCACCGGCCUCCCGGCGCCUCCUACUUCCGCUACGCUGAGUCUUCCAUGAAGAACAGCUUUGGCCUCAAGUACCUGCACAAGUUCUUCAACAUCCCCUUCCUCCAGCUGCAGAGGGAGACCUUGCUCCGGCAGCUGGAGACCAACCAGCUGGACAUCGAUGCCACCCUGGAGGAGCUCUCAGUGCAGCAGGAGACAGAGGAUCAGAACUAUGAGCUCUUCCUGGAGAUGAUGGAGGCCAGGAGCCGAGGCCACGGGGCGCCGCUCGCAGCCAACGGCCAGAGCCCCUCCUCCGGCUCCCAGUCCCCCGUGGUGCCUCCCAGCUCCACCUCCACAGGCAGCUCCAGCCCCGGCACCCCGCAGCCCCCCCAGCCUGCCCCCCCCGGCUCUGCCACCUCUCCUGACCCGCCCCCGGCCUUCUCACCGGUGCCUGCCCCCGAGGCCCGGCAGCCGCAGGCGGCGCCCCCGGCCCCGGCGCCCCCGGCCCCGGCAGCGGCGCCCCCGGCAGCGGCGCCGCCGAGGCGCAGCAUCAUCGCCCGGCUCUUCGGGGCCGCUCCUGCCGCAGAGCCCGCUGCUGCCCAGCCAGGUAGGUGCUGCCGUGCCGAUGCUGCUGCUGCCACUGCUCCUCCCCACCCUGCAGCCCCUGCCAAAGUGCAGAGCCUGGAGGACUUUGUCCCUGAGGAGAGCCUGGACCACAGCUUCCUGGAGGAGCCACCCCCCCAGGGGGAGAGGGGCAGGCUGCAGGCCAAGCUGCGCCGCGACAGCGAGAGUGAUGGAGAAGCCCCUGGAGGGAACCCCAUGGUGGCAGGCUUCCAAGAUGACCUGGAUCUGGAUGACAAAAUCCCCAGCAGGUCCGUGCUGGCAGCAGAACGAGUGCCCAGCAAGAACAUCACCCUCUCCAGUGAGGAGGAGGAGGAGGAGGAAGAGUUGAAGGACUCUAAGGUCACAGCCAGAGCUGACACUGAGAAGGAGCAGGACAAAAAAAGGUCUUCCAGAAAUUCUCUGAAACCACAGAGUGAAGCAGUUUUGACCAAAGCAACUGAGCUGAAGGCUGCUGCCAGCUUCCCUCCACGUUCUGGGUCCGAAAGGAGCAGCAGCAGCAAGGCCAGCGGCAGCCUGCCAGCCGCUGCCCCCCCAGCCGCAGCCCCCAGGAGCGCUGCCCAAAGCAGGGCACAGCCUCUCAGGCAGAGAGGGAGCAAAGAGGAGAAGCCUGAGGAGUCUGACAGCGACCAGGAGGGGCCAAUAGCCACUCAGAUGCUGUCAUUUGUGAUGGAUGAUCCUGACUUCGAGAGUGAGGACUCUGACAGCCCCAGGAAGAGAGCGGAUGAGUUCCCAGUCCGGGAAGAUGUCUCUGAGCUGUCGGAUGAGGAUGAUGAGGGCUCCCUGGCCAAGCCUCCCCCCCCUGUGAAGGCAGCAGUCCCCUCCUUCAAGCUGAAGAAUGACUCAGACCUCUUUGGUUUGGGUUUGGAGGAGCCUGGUCCCAAGGAGAGCAGUGAGGAAGACAAACAAUCUGCUAAGGAGAAGAAGAAGAAGAAGAAGAAAAGCAAAGAGGAGGAGGAGAAGUCUGUGAAAAAGAAGAGCAAGCACAAGAAGAGCAAAGAGAAGGAGGAGAGCAAAGAGGAGAAGGAGAAGAAGAGAAAGAAAAAGAAGAGCAAGGAGAAGAGCAGUGAGCUGGAUGAGCUGGAGGCCUUCCUCGGCGGAGGGGCAGCCGGCGCGGGCAAGCCGCGAGGAGGAGACUACGAGGAGCUGUAGGGCAGCGCCGCGGCGGACUCCAGCCAUGGCUGUCCCCACCCCUCCCCAGAGCCACACCAGGACAGCUGCAGACCUGCAAAGCUUUGGCUGUUUGCUGCAUAUCCUCUCAGAACAGAGCUGGCAACACAAAAGCUUUGCAUCUGCUUGUGCUGGUCUGGUGUGCUCGGCACGCAGCGAAGCUCCAGCUGGGACACGCUUGAGAAGGGGAAGGCUCAGGGCAGGGCUCCUGAGCCCGCUUCCAGGCCCUUG